UGGCUACAGUUUCCCAGGGUAUCCCACGUGUUCAGGCUCCCUGUCAAUCAAGUGUUUUCCGGGCUGUAUACGGGUUUAAAGGCGGCUGGGUGCAGAGCGCUCCCAUGGUGCCGCGCGGCGGGCGAGUUUGGAUUUUAAAUCCCCGCGGCCAAUCAGUGGCGCGCAGGCUUUUGUAACGUUCCCAGCGCCGCGUUUGAAUUCGGGGAGGAGCAGAGUUGUGCGGAGCCUCUGCCCCGGCCCUGCCAGGUCUGCCGAGCUACUCUGGCAGCAUGAGUGCGGCGGUGACUGCAGGGAAGCUUGCGCGGGCACCGGCUGACCCGGGGAAAGCCGGGGUCCCCGGAGUUGCGGCUUCAGGAGCCCCGGCGACGGCUGCCCCGGCAAAAGAGAUCCCGGAGGUCCUAGUGGACCCCCGCAGCCGGCGGCGCUAUGUGCGGGGCCGCUUUUUGGGCAAGGGCGGCUUCGCUAAGUGCUUCGAGAUCUCGGACGCGGACACCAAGGAGGUGUUCGCAGGUAAGAUAGUGCCUAAGUCUCUGCUGCUCAAGCCGCACCAGAAGGAAAAGAUGUCUAUGGAGAUAUCCAUUCACCGCAGCCUCGCCCACCAGCACGUCGUAGGCUUCCACGGCUUUUUCGAGGACAGCGACUUCGUGUUCGUGGUGCUGGAGCUCUGCCGCCGGAGGUCUCUCCUGGAGCUGCACAAGAGGAGAAAAGCCCUGACAGAGCCUGAGGCCCGAUACUACCUGAGGCAAAUCAUUCUUGGCUGCCAGUACCUGCACCGAAACCGGGUUAUUCACCGGGACCUCAAGCUGGGCAACCUCUUCCUGAAUGAGGAUCUGGAGGUGAAAAUAGGGGAUUUUGGACUGGCAACCAAAGUCGAAUAUGACGGGGAACGGAAGAAGACUCUGUGUGGGACUCCCAAUUACAUAGCUCCCGAGGUGCUGAGCAAGAAAGGGCACAGUUUCGAGGUGGAUGUGUGGUCCAUUGGGUGCAUCAUGUAUACCUUGUUAGUGGGCAAACCACCUUUUGAGACCUCUUGCCUAAAAGAGACUUACCUCCGGAUCAAGAAGAAUGAAUACAGUAUUCCCAAGCACAUAAACCCCGUGGCUGCCUCCCUGAUCCAGAAGAUGCUUCAGACAGAUCCCACUGCCCGCCCAACCAUUAAUGAGCUGCUCAGUGACGAGUUUUUUACUUCUGGUUACAUCCCUGCCCGUCUCCCCAUCACCUGCCUCACCAUCCCACCGAGGUUUUCAAUUGCUCCAACCAGCCUGGACCCCAGCAAUCGGAAGCCCCUCACGGUCCUCAAUAAAGGCAUGGAGAACCCCCUGCCUGAGCGUCCCCGCGAAAAAGAGGAACCAGUGGUUCGAGAGACAGGCGAGGUGGUCGACUGCCACCUCAGUGACAUGCUGCAGCAGCUACACAGCGUCAAUGCUUCCAAGCCUUCAGAGCGAGGGCUGGUGAGGCAAGAGGAGGCUGAGGAUCCUGCCUGCAUCCCCAUCUUCUGGAUCAGCAAGUGGGUGGACUAUUCGGACAAGUAUGGCCUCGGGUAUCAGCUAUGUGACAACAGCGUAGGAGUACUCUUCAAUGACUCGACACGCCUUAUCCUCUAUAACGAUGGUGAGAGUCUACAAUACAUAGAGCGUGAUGGCACCGAGUCCUACCUCUCUGUGAGUUCCCACCCCAACUCCUUGAUGAAGAAGAUCACCCUCCUUAAGUAUUUCCGCAAUUACAUGAGUGAACACCUACUGAAGGCAGGUGCCAACAUCACACCGCGGGAAGGUGAUGAACUGGCUCGGCUACCCUACCUGCGAACCUGGUUCCGUACCCGCAGCGCCAUCAUCCUGCACCUCAGCAAUGGCACCGUGCAGAUCAACUUCUUCCAGGACCACACCAAGCUCAUCCUGUGCCCACUGAUGGCAGCCGUGACCUACAUUGAUGAGAAGCGGGACUUUCGCACAUACCGCCUGAGCCUCCUGGAGGAGUAUGGCUGCUGCAAGGAGCUGGCCAGCCGGCUCCGCUACGCACGCACGAUGGUGGACAAGCUGCUGAGCUCACGCUCAGCCUCCAACCGCCUCAAGGCUUCCUCCUAGCCUCCCUUCCCAGACUGGUGCCUCUCUUCAUUCCACCAGCACCUGGGGCCAACACUGGCAGCUCCCAUGGUGCUGUCCUUGAAAGUGCCUCCCAGCCCUGGGGGCUGGGCAAAGCUGCAACAUCCUUGCAGGUGGGGUUGCUGUGUAAGUUAUUUUUGUACAUGUUCUGGUGUGGGUUCCAUAGCCUCUUCCCCUUCCCCUCAGCCCCACCAUAUGAAUUGUACAGAGCAUUUCUAUUGAAUUUGGGACUGUCUUCGCUUUGGCUUUAUAUAUAUUAAACAGAUGUGAAUCUUC